GAGAGGGCUAUCAGUCUGAAACUAGCCUUUGCAGAGGUUACACGCACGACCUCUUCUCUGCAUAAGUACCGGUCCCCUUUUUGUCGUUGUCGACCGACCACUGCAAACAAAUUUACCAUGAGUGAAAAAGGACCAGGGUACCCAUCCCCGAAGGACGCCAUGCUGACUGGGCCCCGGGAGAAGAUCGUGUGGCUGCCGUGCAUCAGGACAGGCACCGGCAAACCCGACUACGUGGCCACCGUCGACGUGGACCCUACUUCGCCAGACUACUGCAAGGUAAUCCACCGCCUGUACCUGCCUUACCUGGACGACGAGAUCCACCACACCGGCUGGAACACGUGCUCUUCGUGUUACGAUGACCCGACGCGCGUGCGCAACCGCCUGGUCGUCCCCGCCCUCGGGUCGUCUAGAAUCUACGUGCUCGACAUCUCCGAGAACAGGAAACCCAAGAUGUUCAAGAUCCUGGAACCCGAGGUCCUGAAGUCAAUGGGCGUGAGCAACCCUCACACCACGCACUGCCUCCCCAACGGGAAGGUCAUGAUCUCGACCAUGGGCGACGAACACGGCCGCGGCAAAGGCUCCUUCGCCACCUUCGACUCCGUCUCCUUCGAGCCUCUCGGACUCUGGACCAAGGACUCCUCCGACUACGGCUACGACUACUGGUACCAACCCACGCACGACGUCCUCAUCUCGACGGAGUGGGGCUGCCCCUUGUCCUUCUCCAGGGGCUUUGACCCCAAGGAUGUGGCCGCAGGGAAAUACGGGACGCACCUGAACGUGUACUCCUGGAGUGAGCAGCGACUUCUGCAGCGUAUUGACCUGGGUUUGGAGGGCGUGAUGCCCCUAGAAGUGCGGUUCCUGCACGACCCACUCGCCACGCAGGGCUUCGUCGGCUGCGCCCUCUACGCCAACGUCUUCAGGUUUUACCGCAAGGAGGAUGGGACUUGGGCAGCGCACAAGGUGAUCAGCAUUCCCCCCAAGAAAGUGGAAGGCUGGGCUUUGCCUGAAAUGCCAGGUGUGAUGACAGAUAUCCUCAUCUCCCUGGACGACCGCUUCCUUUACUUCAGCAACUGGGCCCACGGGGACGUCCGCCAGUACGACAUCACGGACCCCGAGCACCCGAAGCUCGUGGGCCAGAUCUUCCUCGGGGGGUCCAUCGUCAAGGGAGGCCCCGUCAAGGUGGUGCACGACCUCGAGCUCAAGGAACAACCCGACCCAGUGUACAUCCAGGGCCGUAAGCUGGAAGGAAGCCCUCAGAUGCUCCAGCUGUCCCUGGACGGGAAACGUCUGUACGUGACAGACUCCCUCUUCUCUCCCUGGGAUCGGCAGUUCUACCCAGAGGCCGUAGCGAAGGGGUCGGUAAUGCUGCAGAUGGACGUGGACACCGUCAACGGGGGUCUGACCCUCAACAAAGACUUCCUGGUAGACUUUGGGAAGGAACCCGAAGGACCUUCACUUGCCCAUGAGAUCAGGUAUCCCGGAGGCGACUGCACUUCGGACAUCUGGCUGCCUGCAGGGUCUUCCGAGUGCCCCCACCGCGCCAGCAAGAGUGCACACUGCCAAAUGCCUGCAAAGAUUUAACUUCCCAUUCACUUCUCCUACCGCCAGGAAACAUUUUGUCAAUGAAUUCAGAAACAUUGCGGGCCUGGGAAGUAAAGAGUAAUUGUGCAUACUUACAUAUCAGAUGCACACGGAAUGACACCUGUUGAAG